GGCUGUGGUCUCGCGAGAGGUUGAUUACAUACGUUGGAAAAAGAUGGACGUCGGUGGAAACGGUGGUGGAUUAGCAAUCAAUAACAAACAGAGAGCUAUGCUGCCCAACAAAAGUAGAGGCGAAUUCAUCCGGAAUCAAAGGAAAGAUUCCGAGGGGAUGUCAGAAUCUCCGGACCUUGAGUUUGACUAUGCAGACACUGACAAAUGGACUGCAGAGCUGUCCGAGCUAUACAGCUAUACAGAGGGACCAGAGUUUACGAUCAACAGGAAGUGCUUUGAAGAAGACUUCAGAAGUCAUGUGCCCGAGAAAAAGUGGACGGAGUUGGACGCUGCGCAGCACAGAGCGCAUGCCAUGCAGCUGCUGGACGGCCUGGAGGUCAUCCGGAGAGAGAAGAGGCUCAACGUGGCUCGGGCCAUCCUCUACAUGGCCCAGGGUACGUUUGCAGAGUGCAGCUGUGAGGCUGAGGUGCAGCACUGGGUGCGGUACAACAUCUUCCUGCUGCUGGAGGUGGGGACCUUCUCAGCUCUGGUGGAACUGCUCAACAUGGAGAUCGAUAACAGCGCGGCCUGUAGCAGCGCGGUGAGGAAGCCGGCCAUCUCCCUGGCGGACAGCACAGACCUCCGGGUGCUGCUCAACAUCAUGUACCUGAUCGUGGAGACCGUGCAGCAGGAAGACUCUGCGGACAGGCCAGAGUGGAGGGCCAUCAGAGACACCUUCCAGGCAGAACUAGGCUCUCCCCUGUACAACAACGAGCCCAUCUCGGUCAUGCUCUUCGGGAUGGUGACCAAGUUCAGCACCGGGCAUGCCCCGCACUUCCCUAUGAAGAAGGUCCUGUUGCUGCUGUGGAAGAGUAUACUGUUCACCCUGGGCGGCUUCGAGCAGCUGCAGAACAUCAAGGUGGGGAAGCGGGAGGAGCUGAGGUUGCCCCCCCUCCCCGAGGACAGUAUCCGGGUCAUCAGGAGCAUGAGGGCGGCCUCCCCGCCCGCCUCCGCCUCCGACCUCAUCGAGCAGCAGCAGAAGCGCGCCCGCCGCGAACACAAGUCGCUGACCAAACAGGACAACCUGGACGCCUUCAACGAGAAGGACCCGUACAAGGCGGACGACGCCCGCGACGAGGAGGACGACCACGACGACAACGACAACGCCCUCGAGACGGAGCCCUUCCCCAUAGAGCGGGACGACGUCAUGCCCCCGCCCAUACCUCACCCGCCCUCCGAGAGGGUGUCCUUCCCCAAGGGCCUGCCCUGGGCCCCCAAAGUCAGGGAGAAGGACAUUGAAAAUUUCCUCGAGUCAAGUAGAAGUAAAUUCAUUGGAUACACUCUUGGGAACGAUACAAAUACCGUUGUUGGCCUACCCAGACCGAUCCACGAGAGCAUUAGGACACUGAAGCAGCACAAAUAUGUCUCGAUAGCAGAGAUUCAAAUUUUAAAGGAGGAAGAGUUCCAGAAAACUCCACUGUCAGGGGGGGAAGAGGAUGUAGAGAUGAGUGCCAUCGAGCUGUUAUACCAGGGUAUCCUGCCCAGCCUGCCUCAGUAUAUGAUCGCCCUGCUGAAGAUCCUGCUGGCCGCCGCCCCCACCUCCAAGGCCAAGACGGACUCCAUCAACAUCCUGGCCGACGUGCUGCCAGAGGAGAUGCCGACCACCGUGCUCCAGAGCAUGAAGCUGGGCGUGGACGUCAACCGCCACAAGGAGAUCAUCGUCAAGGCGAUAUCCGCCGUGCUCCUGCUCCUCCUCAAACACUUCAAGCUCAACCACAUCUACCAGUUUGAGUACAUGGCUCAGCACCUGGUGUUCGCCAACUGCAUCCCCCUCAUCCUCAAGUUCUUCAACCAGAACAUCAUGUCCUACAUCACGGCUAAGAAUAGCAUCUCCGUACUGGACUUCCCGCACUGCGUGGUGCAUGAGCUUCCCGAGCUGACCGCAGAGAGUUUGGAAGCGGGAGACAACAACCAAUUCUGCUGGCGGAAUCUGUUCUCCUGCAUCAACCUGCUGAGGAUCCUGAACAAGCUGACCAAGUGGAAGCACUCCCGCACCAUGAUGCUGGUGGUGUUCAAGUCGGCCCCCAUCCUGAAGAGGGCGCUGAAGGUGAAGCAGGCCAUGAUGCAGCUGUACGUCCUGAAGCUGCUCAAGGUGCAGACCAAGUACCUGGGCCGGCAGUGGAGGAAGAGCAACAUGAAGACCAUGUCGGCCAUCUACCAGAAGGUCCGCCACCGCCUCAACGACGACUGGGCCUACGGAAACGACCUGGACGCCCGGCCCUGGGACUUCCAGGCGGAGGAGUGCGCGCUGCGGGCCAACAUCGAGCGCUUCAACAGCCGCCGCUACGACAAGGCCCAGAGCAACCCGGACUUCCUGCCCGUGGACAACUGCCUGCAGAGCGUGCUGGGCCAGCGGGUGGAGCUGCCCGAGGACUUCCAGAUGAACUAUGACCUGUGGCUGGAGCGGGAGGUCUUCUCCAAGCCCAUCUCCUGGGAGGAGCUGCUGCAGUGAGGAGACGCAGAGACCCGCACAACAAUCAUGUAUCCUGCUUUCUGCUCUAAGCAUACCCCCCCCCCCCCCCCCCCCGUUCAACUCUAAAGGUAAAUUUUACUUUUAAAUCUCAACUCAUUUUGGCCGAGUUCUGUAUGUCUGUUGACACGGAGUAAUACAAACUUGGUUAGUCUAUAAGUCUAAUGGGCACCCCGGUGUCAUUUGAGGACCCCCAAACAACUUCUGGAUUUGCAGUUUGACAAACCAAACUGCUUUUGAUUCUUGAUCAAAGUAAUCAAUCGAGUCCAUAGAUUUAGGCUAUUUAUGAUAUUUCAUAUCAAAAUAGCCGACCCAUCGCAUUCGUUUUGCUUUUAGCUUGUUUAUCUGCGUUCUGUAUUUUUUGUGACAGAACCAACGGUUUGUAUUUUUAUCGACUAUCUCUUGUAAAUGCAUAAUCCAGCUUUGUUAGAAACCAUGGGGGGCAGCCCUCAGCUUGCUUACCAGAGCCUGCGUAGUGCCACUAGCCUGCCUGUUGGCACCAGGUCCGUUCAUACACUACACAUGUUUUUACCAAUAUGGGUAACCCUUUAGUUGACAUGGUAACGCAUGAGAGACUCAUCGGCACUUUGGAAAAAGCAAAUAAAUUCCACAUUAGGCCUUCUCUCUGUCAACUGAAGCACUGCCGAAAUAUACUCCUUUUUCUUAUGUAUCAACUUUAAAAGACAUACGCAUGGUCAAGAGUCCUUCAUUUGAUAGUGUUUCUACAUUUUUAAUUUACCGAACUCCACUGUACUUCAAGAUGGGCCAAUAGUGAUAUUUUAACACUGAAACACAAGUUCUUAACGUUCACGGGGACCCGAAUCGGCAUGUCGUGCAUCAACCAUAACUGUAAUAUAAUAUUUCUUGGGUACCUUCUUAUGCUUUAUAUUUGUGGACCUGUUAUUCUAUUUUUAAUAAUUGUAUGAAAGAGUUGACCUCCUGUUGAUCGGGCGACGUCUGCGUUGACAUUUCUGUACUGUUAUGAUUUGCGUGCGAUCUCCUGUGUGGUCAUCAUCGCGGGUAGGGACCAUGGGAAGGGGACACUGAACAGUUGGGGGUUGAAUACUAGAUUAGUUGAUUUAUUAGUCCACGUCUAUUCAUUAUCAGACAUGCGUACAAUUUCUCAACCCAAAACAUAUGCUCCUCUUAGAAUGUGUCUUCUGUUGCUCCCUAGUGGUAUACAGUACGUAUGUGGAUGUGUGUGUAUAUAGGUGAAGUGUGUGUGUGUGUGUGAUGUGGCAGGGAAAUGUCUACAUUUAACCUUUAGGUUUGGUGUAGUUCUUAAACCUAAUCGGGUAAUCGUGCUCAGAUUAGCACUUUAUCCAUGUUUAAAAGGUGAUGCUUAUUCUACCGUAUUUCAAUGAAUUGAUUAGAUCUUAAUAUUUUGUCACCCAUUACUUUGUAUGGUUUGAAUUCUGUAAUAAAAGUCAUACUCAUCA